GGAACCAAUUGGGCUUUACAAUUCUUUCUUCUAUGGGCCUUCUUAGUGGAUAAUAGGCCCAUUAUAUCCAUAAAGUUUAUUAUCAAAUUGAACGCAGCUUGAAGAAUAAAUACCAAUCAUGUGGGGGUCGUAAUCAUGGCACGGUGGGGAGGAGAGCAAAGAAAGAAAGAAAAAAACAAGAAAGAGUAACCGAGAGAGAGCUGAAAGGGUAGGGUCACUUAGGGUUGUUGGUGAGAUGAUAUAAAAGGGCAGGUACCUCUUGCUAUGUAAGCAGUAAGCCCGUCUACUUGCUCUCUUUAAACAGCAACUCAAACACGCAUAAUAAAGAAUAUAUAGCAUCAAGGAAAUGGCAAAGGUUCAUCCCAAGCCCCUAUAAACGGGAGAGGACGCGUCUGUGUUAACAGUUUGGAAGAAGUCUUUAAUGUUCAACUACAACGGCUUCACGGUGUUCGAUUCCAAAAGGAGAUUUGGUUUUCCGAGUGGAUAACUAUAUGCACGGCAACAGAGACCAGAUCCUUCUCAUGGACUCAUUAUAUAUAGACCUAUCGUACAUCAAGCUAACAUAAUAUUUUAUCAAGAGUCUUUUUUCUUGAAAUAAUAUCUUCAAGCGUGAUCCAAUAAUAUCUUACAACAAAAACCUAAAAUUACAAAAUUUGAUACAUUUCAAGACUUUAAUCCAUUAGCUGUUUCUUUCUUUUUAUAAAUUUGACUCCAUCCAAAAUGAGAAAGAAAAUUACUAUUCAGAAUGAGAAAGAAAUUAAAGAAAACAUGUGACAUGCAUAUUGAUAUAUGCAUGUGAUUCCCCAAGAGCUAGGCGAUCAAUGAUUGAUGGGGUCAGCUAGCUACAUUAUGAUAUUAUCAGGGUCUAUCAGUGUCCAAACUAUAUAUUAUUAAAGAUUCCAAUUUGAUUUAUAACACCAACCCCCGAUCCCAUCGCGAGAUUUUAUCAUUUGAUCAGACAAUAAUAAAUAAAUAUAUAUAUCUUCAUUAAUCGUGUACGUAUUCUCCUAUAUAAUUGCACUAAGUGUGUGUAUAUAUGUGUUCACAUGAAUACAUGUAUGGUGUGAGCUGUGAGCUGCUAGCUAGCUGUAUCGUUUAGAAUCUAUUUGAUUAUUGUAUAAAAAACAUCAAUGAUUGAAAUUAGGAGCAAGAGAUCAAAUUAUAUAUAUCUAUAACUAGUAGUGGUAGAUGGAGUUUUGGGAAGUGACUCGGUAAUUAGUAGGAUGGAGAAUGAGGUGCGAUGGAUGAAUGAAGUGUCGUCCGAUAGCAGCAACGAUGGUGAAUCUUUCAUUGAAAUAAAAAUCAACAAACCAGUCACAGACACAGGAUUGAGCAUCUCUUCUUCGCCAUCUCCCGAUAACGAAAUGCAGACGACAGCAAUCUUCUCAUCGGCGUCUAGUUGCUUCUCUGCAUACAGCAACGUGACGAGGUUGAUGAUGAAAGUGGGGUGUUUGAGUAUAGUGGGAGUCAUAAGAGAGAAAGUGAACGUGGGAGAGAGGUGGGUCCUCCAAGUUAUACAGAGACGACGAAACAAGAGCCCCUACGAAGGGAGCACUACUAACAAGGAUGAAACAUUAACGGACACGGACGAUUCCCUCAAGGCAGCUAUCGCUUACUGCAAUGCCUCAUCUCUCUCUCCCGUCUACAAACUUGAUUAUUAAUACCCUUUCUAGAGAAUCAUGUUGGAACCAAUAUUUUUCGGUGUGUCCAAUUCACGGGCAUCAUCAUCAUCAUCUAUAUCAUUGCUUUUUAAUUUUUUCUUUUUUUUUUAAUCUUUUUGCUUUUAAUUCCGUUUAAAAAUAUAUUUCUAAUUUUAUGAAAGAUGUGUGAUCAUCAUCCUCCCAAGUCCCAAGUCAGGUCAAACAUAUAUAGUUUUGAGGCUUAGUCUUAGAUGAUCAAAUACUUUUACAAGUUUUUAAGAUUUUGUUGUGGUGUUUGUAUAACUUGUAAACUUGAGUAUUUAAAUAAAAUGAAACUAAAUAAAAAAAAGUUUCAUAAAA